AUGCAACCGCUGGCAGCCCUUAAUCAUACAAGAAGGAAUCUUUUGAGGUUUCAAGAAAAGCUUGGCGUAGAGCCAGUAAGAUUUCUCAUGUCCCUUGUUUUUUACCUCCAAAACUAUAGCGCAUUGAUUAAGGUGAAUCCAGAAGAAACACGGUGGAACUUCUGGGGUGCUGUUUGGUACUGCAUGACAGUUUAUACUACAAUAGGUUAUGGAAAUAUUGUUCCUGUAACUGCAGCUGGUCGUGUACUGACGAUAAUUUACGCGUUCAUUGGCAUACCUAUUGCUGUGCUUACCCUUUUCGCCCUCGGGGCAAUCUUUGCGAGAAUAUGUAAAGUGAUGUGGAAGUACAUGUUGAAAUCUACAAAUGUUGUAAGCAAAGACCUGGAGAAAAAGGUACGCUUUCGAGGCAUUCGUCCACCUACAAGUCGAGCUCCAGUAAACGCAGCAGUCGGAUUUGAUGAGGGACAAAAAGUGGCCCAAUCUUCUUCAUCUCUUGACGAUGAGGAUUUGUUAUCAUUUCCCAUUUCGUUUCUCAUUUUCCUCACAAUUCUAUGGGUAUUCAUUUGUGCGUGGAUAUUUACGCUAUUCGAGGAUUGGAGUUAUGGAACAUCACUAUAUUUCACUUUAAUUUCCUUUACAACUAUUGGAUUCGGAGAUGUCCUCCCGUCGGAGUAUGACUUCAUUGUGCUUGUUGGAUUCUUACUACUAAUUGGACUAUCUCUAGUUUCAACCGUGCUCACAUUAAUUCAGCAACAGAUUGAGGCUCUGGCAUCGGUAGAGUUCUGA